CUUCCGGUAAAAAUCUAAAUUCAUUUACUUAUCUCUUAUUGUAAAUUGAAGAAGAAAUUGCACUGGUAGAUCUGACUAUUUGUCCAGAUCUAAAAUAAGGAUGAAUAAUGAAUACCCCAAGGCAACCAAGCAGUCAUCGCAAGACAUUGCAACUAAACAGAAUUCAGACUUGUCCAGCACAGAUAGUUCUCACUCCACAGCUACUUGCAGAACAUAGCCCACAUAGGCCUCUUUAUGAACAUGUCCAAGGCUCCAAAGCAAAACAUGUUCCCGGCAGAGGCCUUGGUGAUUUGUUCACACCAAAGAAACGUCUCUUUAGUGAUAUACAAAGUAGCCCCCAAAGACCACAUACACGCAAUAACGAUAUGCAGGAUAACCCCCAAGUGGCUCACAUUCCCACUCCCAGUCAAUAUAACACAAAAGAACCUGGAACUAGACUAUUUCAGAGAAUAAAGAGUGAUUCCUGUUUAAACUCCCAGUCGGAGACUGUGAAUCCAAAGAAACGGCUCAAAUUGGAUGAUUCUCAGACAGAGGCAGCUAGCUGUUCCAUAAGUGUUCGCUCAAAGUUUAUUUAUGUUACUGUUUGUCUUUUCACCCUCAUCGCAAUCACCAUUGGUUUAUUGAAUAUGGGACAGAGUGGUAAAGUUGAAUUAAAACAUGAACUGUGCUCUAACUCCAGCCAGUAUAAUCUUGAAGGUUUGAGCAUUAUGUUAAACUCUCAGGUAUUUGGACAGCAUAUAGCCAUGAAUCAGAUCUUGUUGGAAUUAGAAGACUACCUGGUAAGUGAUGCUAGUGAACCAUUAAUGCUUAUGUUCAGUGGAUGGACUGGAACAGGAAAAUCAUAUAUGGUUCAGCUAGUCGCAAGUCUCAUUCCAGCCACCUCUCAUAUAUAUAUUCUUCCACAUCAUUUCCCGAAUGGUGAAUUUCAACACUCAAAUGAACCAAACCAUACAAUAAUUCAUAAAACAAAACAGACAGGGAGUUCUAUACAAGAAUCAAACCUUGCCUUUGCAAUCAAAAAUAAAAUAACGAAAUGUGCUUUGAAUAUUUUUAUACUAGAUGACUUUGAUAUUGAAAUGGAUCACAUUGUGGAUGAGCUCCAGAAAUUCUACAUCUCCAUAAAUGACUUAAGAAAAUCAAAGACCAAAGUUGUUAUCAUUGUUAUAAGCAGUAUUGGGUCUGCACAGAUCAACAGCAUUGCUCUGGAGCAUCUCCUACAUGAAGACCCACGCGAUUCCUUCAAUUUGAGCAUAUUUCACAAGGAGAUAAAGGCUGAGGUGGAGCGUGUGUAUCCUUCAAUAGGCAGAGUAUUUCAAUUCCAGUACAUUCCCUUUUUACCACUGGAGAGUUCACAUGUUGCAAAGUGCAUACAAAAAUACAUAACAUCAACAACUGCUGACAGAUCUUUCAAUGGGAAUCGGAUCAAUGAUUAUGUUCAAAGAGUGUUGAAAUUGGUUUCGUUUUUUCCAUCAAAAAAGCCUAUUUUCAGUGUCUCUGGCUGUAAGAAUGUUGGUACACUAGUUGAUAUAACAACUCUAGAGUAAUAUAUUUAGUAGAAAAAAAGUUAUAAGCUGAAAGAGGCUUGAUGCCAAAAGAAUGGAUUUCGAUUGACUCAAAUACUUUACAUGUAUUGGCAUUUCAUAGCAAUGUCACCAGCCUCUAAAUAUCUCGAAGAAAUUGUCACUUUGAAAUAAAUUCAUCAAUUGUAACGUGCGUGCUUAGUGAUUUAUAGCGAGUCACAAGUUGAUUGUACACAUACAGUACUUUCUUUUGUAUUUUCUAACAUGGAAAUUCUCUUGAUCUCAAACAUGUGAUUUUUGAUAGCUAUCAUUGGAUUAUUCAAAAGAUUAUGUCAGGGAUAAUGUUGUACAUGUGUAUGUUAUGUAAUUUUAUUUACCAUAUUAAAGAUGAGAACGUACAUACAAUAUGUGUAACAUAGGUCUUCCUAUUUAUUGUACUUGCUAUAAAUGUCACAUUUUUCUUUUACUCAACAUUUUAAAUUGUAAGAAAUUGUAGAUGGAGGGUUAACUGGUUAAGGGUCCCAUGUUAAGUUUGAAAAUAUAGUUUAAUC